CCAGAUGUCACAUCAGACAGAAGCUUAAUAAGCAGACAUACACAGCAGUGGCAACAUUUUAUUGAUGGUGACCAUACUCCGCAGAGUUACUAUGUCAUUGUUUCUGUGGCUGGUAUUGGCAUUAUGCAGUGCCAAUGCUGAAGUAUUCAGUCACAGUAAAAAUUACCCUCCAAUGUGGGAACUUGCUCCUGAAAAUCUGACUAAUUUCAGCAUUCAGAAUGAGACAGUCAUUAUCAACCCUUGGGAUUACCUAGAGCGGAUGGGAAUGUAUAAAAUUUUACUAAAUGUCACCGCACCAUUUUUGGAUAUGAAAGAACCAGAUAAUAAAAGAAAUAUACUUUGGGGAUUGCCUCUGCAACAUGGAUGGCAGUUCCAUACAGGUCGACUACAAGAUCCAUCUAAGCAGCCUUCACGUGGUCAGAACAGUGAAGACCAAACAAGCAUCUCAACAAAAAGUUGGUGGGCUUGUAUGAAUUACUACUUGGCUGUUAUCCCAUUUCUUGGAGCUGUUGAUGCUGGGUUAUUUGAAGGAUUUCCUUUUGGCAUAGUCAUAACUCGCCCAGAUGAAUCUACUGACUUUUGCUACAGCAUUGAAGACUGUCGCACAUCUUCUAAAGCAUUGGAUGAAUGGAGUUCCUUUUUUGAGUCAAUCAAGACAUCAAAUGAAAUAUCUAACAUGUCUGUCCCAUCAUUAUCCAAAGAAGAAGAAAGAGUCUUAUCCUAUAUGUGGAGGGCUCAUGUUGAGUCUAUUAACGCUGCACUUCCACGCUGCUCGGAAAGGUUACGCUACCUCUCAGGUCCUGAAGGAAGAUUUGGAAAAGAAUGGGCAACGACUGUUGAAUUCUUAGCAGCUGCUCACUUCCCCACUGAUUUCCAGAGCACAAAUGAUUUUCAGACAUUUCUACCAAACAGGAUGCUGGUAGAGAAUGAUAAGCCUCCCAACAUCCCUGACUUCUCAGAAGAAGAAAAUAGGGUUCUGUCGAUAUUAAAUUUGAUUUAUCAAGUUAACAGAUUUACAGGUGGUUUUCUGUUGAGACUCUGGAAAAAAGCCAUGUGUUCUGAACAAGGAAGAGCUGCUGGACGAAAUCUCCUUCAAAAUAUGAUCACUGACCCACACAUGGCACCACAAACAAUUAUUAAGAUCAUUACAGAAUUGGCUAAAAAUUCAGCAUGUGAGGUGCAGAAAAACGGGCAGAGUUAGAGGAAUUAUAUUUAGUAGACUUGUACUGUUAAGACUUAAUGGCUAGGUAUUAUUUUGCUUUGAAUGAACUGAUUUGUGUUUUGAACAAAAAUAGCAUAUAGCAGUGUGAUUUAGCCCACCUCGAUGAACAGUAGUGACGAUACCACGGCCAAUACCAAGGGAUGGUACAAGCUUAAAAACAAUAAUUGUUUUCUGUUCACUCCAUUGCAUUUGAAUCAGGUACUAGACUUAAGAGCAUUGACUAACGCCACAAGUACAUUGCUAGGCGAAUAAUUAAAAUAUUUACAACACUCACUAUUUUUUGACCAUAACAGGUCAAUUUCAUGCUUGGUGAGUGCACUCACUACAAUCAAUUUUACAAGUCUAUAAUUAUAUUUUUAGAUUGGAAAAAAUAAAACAUUUUCCAGGACAAGGGAAAAAAACACUAAAAGAAAUGACUGGUUUUUUUCUUAUUAAAUCUGAUUAAAUAUUUUUAUAACCUUUAAUAUAUCCAAAUCCAGCUUUCAAUUACAUUGUGUCACUCAAUGGACACACUUCUAAUAUGGUGUUAUUAUUUAACAAUUUUCAAAGGAAAUAAAGUAAUGAGGUCUAACGAAGUGUGUUUUUUUUUUCCUUUUAAUUACUUGGUUCAUAGAUCAGAGUAAUUAUAUUUUAACAGAUAUCAUGUAUUAUGAUCUUAAAGUAAUUACUGCAGCUGCCAGCUGUUGAAUAAUUAAGUUAAUUCACCAUAGAAAUAUUUUGCCAUAAGCAAUGUUUGUGUCAUUAACAACAUAUAUACGGGCGGUUUAGAAGGGCAGUGUGGUGUAACAGAGAUGAGCACAUCUGCAGAGGAUUGUAAUGGCUAUAUGGCAAAGGGAUGGGCGGGUAAUUUGGUCACAGCUGGAUCAUUACUUAGUUAUUAAAAAGAAAAAAAAAUGAUACAGUUUUUAAAAUGUAGUGAAAGGUGAACAGACUUUAUGAUUAUGUAUCCAGGUAAUUAAUGAGGACCCGUCGCCUCUCCUGUCAUGUCUAUUUUAGUAAAUUCUUGCGUCCCACAUAAAAUAAUAAUUUUGGAGCAUCUUUUCUAAGAAAUCUAUGUUGUGCUGUUCUUCUGUUCCUCCUACAAAUUUAUAAAUAAACUGAUGACUUGGUGUUGGAGACACAGUCAGACAUUGUCCAAUCAGUGCCGCCAGUAUAAGACUGUGUAGGGAGAAUGUUAACGCCCAGUUGUAUAUGUAUUUGUGCAUUUCUAGGAGAAAUAACAGAGAAACAGCCCAAUGCAGUGCUCUAAAAAAGCAGCUCCAGGAUUCUUACAUUAUAGGGAAUACAAGUAUUUACUAAAACAGACAUGU